AUGGGCUGCUAUAUUUACAACAUAAAUGCAGCUUUUUCAGCUGAUGUUGGCAUAUAUAAAAUAAAAACUGCUACAGCUACUAUUAAUAAUAAAAAGUACAAGUAUCCAGUGUUUCAGACAAAAGAAAAUAAAAUAUUGAGAUUCGACCAAAAUGAUUUAGAAGUACAAAAAGCAAUCAGACUGUCCUUCUCAAAAGAUAGUUUUUACAACAAAUGGUGGAACUGCUGUGAAGAUGGCUUUAUAUGCUGCAAGGAUAUUAUGUAUAAAACAAAUAUUAUACCUGACGCGAGUUGCCCCGCAAUUUGGGAUGCUUGGACAUGUUUCGAAAAAACUAAGCCGGAUAGCGUUGUUGAAAAAGUUUGCUCACCAUAUUCUUAUUCCAAUGAAGGGCCAAGAUGUCACCAUUUUUCAUCAAAAGUGUGCUACAAGAAUGGCACCUGGCAUUCGGAUACUGACUACAGCACGUGCUCAGUGAAGCCGCGUCUCGUUUCGCGCACCACUUUCCACGUGGCUACGCUGGCAUUGUCGAUUGUGGCGUGCACACCCGCAAUCGCUAUAUUCCUACUCUACAAAAAGCUCAGAGUGGCAAGAGUCGCCCAGCACAGGAACCUCCUGAUAGCGAUCGUUCUCAGAAAUGCAUUGGUCAUCAUUUUCAAGCAAACGGUAGUGAUGGAUGAGUUAAACGCCGGCACCGUGAUGUCCACAAAUGAUUGGCCUUGCAAAAUGCUGUCGGUGUUGGAACGCCUUUCGGCCAAUGCAGUAUUCGCAUGCAUGCUCAUGGACGGAAUAUUUCUCCAUAGGCUGAUCGCAAUGGUGUCCAGUAAAAUACCCGACAUGAAAUGGUACUACGCGGCCGGUGCUGUGUUGUCGGUGGCACCUGCCCUGAUUUGGGCCGGCCUGAUGUCUGCGAACGAUGGCCUGCACUGUUGGGCCGUAGACGAUGCUGACGACGGUUUCCAGUGGACGAACGAUGCCACGCGUUUGCUCAUGCUGAUUGUCAACACGAUACUCAUGUUUCACAUCGUGUGGGUUCUUAUCACGAAAGUCAAAAGUCGAACUGACGGAGAAAAAGUAAAAACAGCGAGAAUAACUCUGUACAUGAUGCCCCUGUUCGGACUACCAUUUCUUCUGACUAUGGCGAGACCAGAUACGGAUUCCUGCACAUGGGAACAAGUUUACUUCUUUGUAUACUAUUCUAUAGAUGGGCUCCAAGGGCUCACUGUUGCCUUGCUAUUUUGCUACUUUAAUAAGGAAGUCAAAGAGCAACUACUGUCCACUUACAAUCAUUUUACCGGAAAAACUGAUAUCAACAGGAGGAAAACUAUGUCGACCAAUGCAGACAUUAUUCCAACAGCAAGAAAAUCCAUAUUGACCACUUUCAAUCCAGCUUGA